AUGAAUAAGUAUUUUAAGGGCUUCUUCAAAUUAUCAACACCUCUAAAUGAAUUUGUUACUCAAUAUGAAGAGGCUGUCAAAACAAACAGAGAAAAAGAUGCCAAUGCAGAUGUUAUCUAUAUCACCUCAGCCCCUGAUUGUGCUUCAGCUCACAGAAUCGAGCAUCAAGCCUCUAAUGUUUAUACCGAAAAUGUGUUCAAGGUUUUCUAUGAAAAGUGGUAUCUAGAUUUUGGUCUGAAAGCGAAUCAGUGUGAUGAUGAAAUUAUAAAGAAAAGGUACAAGGUCUUUAAAAGGGAUGAGGAUCGAGAGAUUGAUGUGCAUUAUAUGUUGGAUAAUCAUGAGACUGAUAUCACAAUUUGUGGAUGCAACUUGUUCAAUAAGAAAUGUAUAUUGUGUAAACAUAUACUUAAGAAAUAUGUGAUAACAGACAGAUCCGAGAUUCCCUCAGGGUAUAUCAUGCCUAGGUGGACCAAAGCUGCCCGAUUUGGUAACACCCCAUCUGUAUCUGUGCCAAGGUCAUCUCAAGGAUAG